AUGGAAAUAUGGUUUAGUGAAGCAGCAAAACGAUGUCAUAAUUUUCAGAAUCAAAAGACCAUAAAAUUGAACGUAAGUAGAAAGGAUGAACAAGAAGAAUAUGGAAAACUAAAUAAUUCAUGCGGGCUUACAUGGAGUGAUGUGGGUGGUUUGGAAGUGAAUAAAACGAUGAAGUUCAAAUGGAAUGAUGACGAGGAAUAUUUCAUUGUGAUUCUAUUUAUCAGCAGGCAUUUUGCUAGCUCACAUUUUACUUUAAAUAAUUCAUGA